UCCACCACUGGACUUGUACAUCGAAACAAUGAUAUAUAGACCAAUUCAAACUACACCAAGGUAUCCUUGCAUUUCACUCCCACACAUCUCUCUGAAAAACAUCAUGGCCGAAUCACUUCUUUUCACCUUCGCAGAAUCACUCAUAGGGAAGCUUGCUUCUGGAGCCGUUCAUGAAGCUUCUCUUGCUCUCGGUGUGCAAGCAGAUCUUCAACAGAUGAAAAAGAGUAUGUCACUCAUCAAAGCAUUCUUGUUAGAUGCUGAGCAAAAGAAGCCAAGGAGCAAUUCACUGAGUGAAUGGCUGAUACAGAUCAAGCAAGUGUUCUCCGACGCAGAAGACAUAGUUGAUGAUUUUCAGUGUGAAGCGUUGCGGAAGCACGUUGUCAACACUCACGGUGGCCUCACAAGGCAGGUACGUCGUUUUUUCUCAAUCAGUAAUCCAAUCAUUUACCGAAUCAGAAUUGCACAUGAGAUAAAAGACAUCAAAGAGAGGUUGCAGAAAGUUGCAGCUGAUGGGAACACGUUCGGCCUUCAAAUCAUUGACCAAGAUACACGUGUCGUGAAUGUGACGGAUACUACUUAUUCCCACGUAAACCCUUCCAAUGUUAUCGGAAGACAAGAUGAAAAACAGGAAAUACUAAAGCUUUUACUACAACAUGAUCAUGAUGGUCAUGACAAAAGUCUCUCAGUUGUUUCCAUUCUGGGAUUCGGUGGUAUGGGAAAGACCACACUGGCAAAGUUGGUGUUCAAUGACACCACCAUUGACGAGUGUUUCCCAUUGAAGAUGUGGGUGUGUGUCUCUGGUGAUUUUGAGCUUAGGAAUGUGCUUAUUAAGAUCCUCAAUUCUGCUCUAAACCCAACUAACGAAAACUUCAAAAACUUUGAGACUGAGCAGCUUCAAAAUCGUUUGAGAAAUACACUUCAACGCCAGAAGUUCCUGCUUGUGCUGGAUGAUGUGUGGAACGAGUAUCAAGCUAGAUGGGAUGAUUUGAAGGAAAUACUAGAUGUAGGUGUUGAAGGGUGUAAAAUCUUAGUGACAACUCGUAGCCACUUGACAGCUACCAUGAUGUGCACCAAAUCCUCCAACUCUUACCUUCUAGAACGCCUUUCUGAAGAUGAUUCCUUGUUUUUAUUUGUUAAAACGGCUUUUAAAGAAGGGAAAGAAGAAAGAUAUCCAGAGUUGUUGGAGAUCGGGAAGGAAAUUGUGAUCAAGUGUGGAGGAAUACCAUUGGCAGUGAAAACUUUAGCGAGUUCACUGUUCUCUGUGGUUGGUAAAAGCAAGUGGGAGGCUAUGAGAGACGAUAAGAUUUGGAAUUUGCCACAAAAAGAAAAGGACAUUUUGCCUGCUCUUGAGAUAAGUUACAAUCAACUGCCUUCACAUUUGAAACCCUGUUUUGUUUGCUUCUCCCUUUUCUGUGAGGGUUCUGAAUUUUUUAGCUUUUAUGUUGCUAAGUUGUGGGAGGCACUUGGUUUUCUUCCACCACCAAAGGAAAAUGAGACAAUGCAUGAGGUUGCCAUUCAAUUUCUGCGUGAGCUGUGGUCAAGAUCUUUUCUCACAGAUUUCAUUGAAUUGAGCCAUGGUUACAGUUUUAAACUACAUGAUCUAGUGCAUGAUCUUGCUAUGUAUGCUGCCAAAGGUGAGUUUCAGACAAUAUACCCCCGCAGUUCAAAAAUAUCUCCCAAUGCUCGACAUUUGGCAUUCAGUGAUAAUAAUCUGCUAGACCAAGCUGUCAUUCCCACAGGUCUGAGAACUAUAAUUUUUCCUGAUGAAGCCACCAAUGAAGCUUUCUUCAACACAUUGGUGUCAAGGUGCAAAUACUUGAGGUUUUUGGAACUGAGUAACUCUAUAUACGAGAGUUUACCUCCUUCCAUUGGAAAGUUGAAACACUUAAGAUAUCUCAGUCUCUUUGGGAAUAAAAACCUUAAGGGACUUCCUCGCUCAGUUUGUAACCUGCAAAAUUUGGAAACUUUGAACCUUAAUCAAUGCACAGAGAUACAACAAUUGCCUAAAGGAAUAAGCAAACUUAUCAGCCUACGUCAGCUGCAUAUAACCACAAGGCAACUUCAUUUUCCGGACCAAGAAAUCUCAACUUUGACUUCUUUAGAGACUCUAACAUUCAACUCUUGUGAUAAUUUGGAGUCAUUGUUGAAAGGGAUACAACUUUCUAGUCUUAAAAAUUUGUCUUUGCAUGACUGCGGGAAACUGAAGUCUUUGUCCUCUCAUGUCAUAUCAAAUUUAGAGAAUUUGGUUAUCGAAAAUUGUUGUGAGUUGGAAUUGUCAAUGGGCUUUGGCAACCAAAUCCCUGAUUUAAGGUUAAAGUCACUUGCUUUCAAAAGUUUGCAACAGUUGGUCACUUUGCCUCAGUGGUUGCAAGGAUCUGUGAACAAACUACAUUCCUUGGCAAUUGCUGACUGCAACAAUCUUAAGGAGCUUCCUGAGUGGCUUUCUUCUGCGAUUUGUCUCAAACUGCUUGUAAUUGAAUACUGUUCGUCCCUGCAGUCACUCCCUGAUAACCUCAAAAAUCUUGAAAAUUUAAUCAUUAAUAGCUGUCCUGAAUUAUGCAAAAGAUACCAGCCGUGGGUUGGACAGGAUUACCACAAAAUAUCUCACAUCCAAAAAGUUUUUGUUGGUGAAUUGGAAGAGUGAUGGCAAUUCUUUGAUAACAAAGUUUAAGGUGUUUGAUUUUUGUGUUUUUUUGGUUUUCA